AUGCUGCCGCCGGGGCGCAAUGGCACCGAGUACCCGGCGCGGCUCGGGCUGCAGCAGCAGCUGGCUCAGGGGGGCGCCGUGGGGGCCGCGGCCGGGGCGGCGCCUCUGGGGCCCGCGCAGGUGGUCACCGCCGGCCUCUUGACUCUGCUCAUCCUCUGGACCCUGCUGGGCAACGUGCUGGUGUGUGCGGCCAUCGUGCGCAGCCGCCACCUGCGCGCCAAGAUGACCAACGUCUUCAUCGUGUCCUUGGCCGUGUCCGACCUCUUCGUGGCGCUGCUGGUCAUGCCCUGGAAGGCAGUCGCCGAGGUGGCCGGUUACUGGCCCUUUGGGGCGUUCUGCGACGUCUGGGUGGCCUUUGACAUCAUGUGCUCCACAGCCUCCAUCCUGAACCUUUGCGUCAUCAGCGUGGACCGCUACUGGGCCAUCUCCAGGCCGUUCCGCUACGAGCGCAAGAUGACCCAGGGUGUGGCCUUGGUCAUGGUCAGCCUGGCCUGGACAUUGUCCAUCCUCAUCUCCUUCAUCCCCGUCCAGCUCAACUGGCACAGGGACAAGGCGGGCUCCUGGGGAGGGGUGGACUCCACGUCUAUUGUGGCCAACGCGACUGCCUGGGAGCAGGCAGAGGAGCCCGAGGGGAGAGCGGAGAACUGCGACUCCAGCCUGAACCGGACUUACGCCAUCUCCUCCUCGCUCAUCAGCUUCUACAUCCCGGUGGUCAUCAUGGUCGUGACCUACACGCGCAUCUACCGCAUCGCCCAAGUGCAGAUCCGCAGGAUUUCCUCCCUGGAGAGGGCCGCGGAGCACGCGCAGAGCUGCCGGGGCCGUGCGCCCUGUGCGCCCGACACUAGCCUGAGGGCGUCCAUCAAGAAGGAGACCAAAGUCCUCAAGACCCUGUCGGUGAUCAUGGGCGUCUUCGUGUGCUGCUGGCUGCCUUUCUUCAUUCUCAACUGCAUGAUCCCCUUCUGCAGUGGCCACCCUGGUGGCACCGCGGCUAGCUUCCCCUGCGUCAGCGAGACCACCUUCGACGUCUUCGUCUGGUUUGGCUGGGCCAACUCCUCUCUCAACCCCAUCAUCUACGCCUUCAACGCCGACUUCCGGAAGGUGUUUGCCCAGCUGCUGGGGUGCAGCCACCUCUGCGCCCGCACCCGGGUGGAGACGGUGAACAUCAGCAACGAGCUCAUCUCCUACAACCAGGACACCGUCUUCCACCGAGAGGUGGCAGCGGCCUCCAUCCACAGGAUCCCCAACGCGGUGACCCCCGCGGAGGGGGAGGCGGACAAGGAGGCGGAGGAGGGCCCCUUCGAUCACAUGUCCCAGGUUUCCCAGACGUCACCACACGGUGACCCUGCUGCAGAGUCUGUCUGGGAGCUGGACUGUGAGGGGGAGAUUUCAUUGGGCAAAGUAACGCCUUUCACCCCAAAUGGAUUCCAUUAA